GUGCCGCCUGGAUACAUGUGUGAUUGUGUGGGCACAUAUAUGACUUUCUGGGUACCCUCUGCAGUCCUGUGCAUGCCCAAGUGUGUGUACAUGGGACUGUGUGUUGUGUGGUUGUGUGUGAUUGUGUGUGUGUGUGUGCAUAUACAUGCACGCAAGUUUCCUGUGCAUAUACUUUAUGUCUGUAUCUGCGUAUUUGUGUAUAUAUGGAGAAGACUUGUGACCAUGCAUUUGGAGGAAGUAUGUUCUUAUUGGAACUCAUGCUUGUGCACAGGGAGAGGGAACUUCUGUUUGCGUGCACAUGUGAAAUACACUUGUAUUUGUCAGCUUGGGUUUCCAUAACAAAAUACCAUAGACUAAGGAGUUUAAGCAACAGGAAUCUAUUUAUUAGUUUGUUCUGAAAGAUGUGAAAUCCAAGGUCAAGGUGCUGGCUGAUUCCUGGUAAGAGCUCUCUUCCUGGCUUGCAGAUGGGCUGUGGACAAGCUCUCUUGGUGUCUCUUCUAAUCCUCUCAUGAGGAUUCUCUCCUCAUGACCUCAUCUAACCCUGAUUUCUUCUCAAAGGCUCCAUCUCCAAAUAGCAUCAUGCUGGGGUCAGUCCUCUGCAGAAGGUGUGUGGCUGGGUGUCUGAAUCUAUGUUGGGGGCGGGGGUGUGUUCCUGGGUAUGCAGCAGCCUGUGACUCGCAGGGAAGAAAGGAAGGAGCUGGAAGCCCGUGGGCUUUGAGGGAAAGGCUUGAGCUACUUAAGUGGUAAGAAGGAUGCUGAGGAUCAAGUGUCUCCCUGGCUGGUCAAACAAGGCUGUUUUCUUUGUUUAUGCUUUAAAGAAACAGAGCUCAUGGUGUGGCAGAGCAUGAGGGAUGCCUGACCUGGGUCUGGGUGUGUGUGUGUGUGUGUGUGUGUGUGCGCGCGCGCGCGAGCGCGCAGAACUGUAUCUCUCGCAGGAAGAAGGCGAAUUAGAUAAGAAGUGAGAGCAAACUCACUUGGGGGCAGAGCUACAGAGCUGAGUGGGUCCAGAGAAAAGGUGCAUAGUGAGUCUGGGAGGACAGGAAGGGGGAGACUCCGAGUUAGGAGGAGGCAGAGAGCCAGAUGCCAGGCCAGAGAUGCCAGGCGGGGGCUCUUGGGACAGCUGGGUAUAUGUCUGUCUCCUCCAAUCCCUAGACCAGAGGCUGGCACCCUGACCAGCUGACAAGCUGCUCUAACCAUUUCCUUCCCCUGCGACUGGCUGUGAAGCAUCAGGGGUACCAGGCACGUUGAGGAGGGAGGGGGUCUCCUCUUCGGGCCCUGUCUUUCCUCUUCCCAGGAACUUCGUCUGACCCCCUUCCCAUUUUGGCCUGAGCGCGCGGAGGAGAACUUCACUGCGUCCGGGGAGGCGGAGGCGCGGCGCUGCGCCAGCCGAGAGGAACUGCUGGCCCGGGGCUGUCCUCCCGAGGAGCUGGAGGAGCCCCGUGGCCGGCAGGAGGUGCUGCAGGACGAGCCGCUCAGCCAGGACACCCGCGGCGAGGGGGCCACCCAGCUGGCGCCGCAGCGGGUCCGGGUCACACUGCGACUUGGGGAGCCCCAGCAGCUCCGGGUCCGCUUCCGCCGAGCCGAGGGAUACCCGGUGGACCUGUACUACCUUAUGGAUCUGAGCUACUCCAUGAAGGAUGACCUGGAGCGCGUGCGUCAGCUGGGGCACGCGCUGCUGGUGCGACUGCAGGAGGUCACCCACUCUGUGCGCAUCGGCUUUGGCUCCUUUGUGGACAAAACAGUGCUGCCCUUCGUGAGCACAGUGCCCUCCAAGCUUCGCCACCCCUGUCCCACCCGACUGGAGCGCUGCCAGCCGCCCUUCAGCUUUCGCCACGUGCUGUCCCUCACGGGGGAUGCUAAGGCCUUCGAGCAGGAAGUGGGGCGCCAGAGUGUGUCUGGCAACCUGGACUCCCCCGAAGGUGGCUUCGAUGCCAUUCUGCAGGCUGCCCUCUGCCAGGAGCAGAUUGGCUGGAGAAAUGUGUCCCGGCUACUGGUGUUCACUUCUGAUGACACAUUCCACACCGCUGGGGAUGGGAAGUUGGGUGGCAUUUUCAUGCCCAGCGAUGGGCACUGCCACUUGGACAGCGAUGGCCUCUACAGUCGCAGCCCAGAGUUUGACUACCCCUCCGUGGGUCAGGUAGCCCAGGCCCUCUCUGCGGCAAACAUCCAGCCCAUCUUUGCUGUCACCAGUGCCACAUUGCCUGUCUACCAGGAGCUGAGUAAGCUGAUUCCUAAGUCCGCAGUGGGGGAGCUGAGUGAGGACUCCAGCAAUGUGGUGCAGCUCAUCAUGGAUGCUUAUAAUAGGCUGUCGUCCACUGUGACCCUUGAACAUGAACACGCUCUACUCCCUUCUGGGGUCCACAUCUCUUACGAGUCCCAGUGUGGGGAUCCUGAGAAGAGACAGGGGGAGACUGGCGACCGGGGCCAGUGCAACCAUGUCCGAAUCAACCAGACGGUGAAUUUUCUGGUUACUCUCCAAGCAACCCACUGCCUCACAGAGCCCCAUCUGCUGAGGUUCCGAGCCCGUGGCUUCUCGGAGGAGCUGACUGUGGAGCUGCACACACUGUGCGAUUGUAAUUGCAAUGACACUCAGCUCCAGGCUCCUCAUUGCAGUGAUGGCCUGGGGCACCUACAAUGUGGGGUGUGCAGCUGUGUCCCCGGCCGUCUGGGUCGACUCUGUGAGUGCUCUGAGGCUGAACUGUCCUCCCCGGAUCUGGAAUCUGGGUGCCGGGCCUCCAAUGGCACAGGACCUCUGUGCAGCGGGAGGGGACGGUGCCAGUGUGGACGCUGCACCUGCAGUGGACAGAGCUCUGGACGUCUGUGCGAGUGUGAUGAUGCCAGCUGUGAGCGACAUGAGGGCAUCCUCUGUGGAGGUUUUGGUCACUGCCAAUGUGGGGUGUGUCACUGUCAUGCCAACCGUACGGGCAGAGCAUGCGAAUGCAGUGGAGACAUGGACGGCUGUGUCAGUCCUGAGGGAGGGCUCUGCAAUGGGCAUGGACACUGCAAGUGCAACCGCUGUGAAUGCUUUGCCGGCUAUUAUGGUGCUCUGUGUGAUCAGUGCUCAGGUUGCAAGACGCCAUGCGAGAGACACAGGGACUGCGCAGAGUGUAAGGCCUUUGGGACUGGUCCUCUGGCAACGAAUUGCAGCGUGGACUGUGCCCGUGCCAACGUGACUCUGGCCUUGGCCCCUAUCCUGGAUGACAGCUGGUGCAAAGAGAGGACCCAGGACAACCAGCUCUUCUUCUUCCUGAUAGAGGAUGAGGCUGGAAGCAUGGUCAUGCUGAGAGUGAGACCCCCAGAGAAAGGAGCGGAUCACACCCAAAUCAUUGUGCUGAGCUGCGUGGGGGGCAUCGUGGCGGUGGGCCUAGGGCUGGUCCUGGCUUAUCGGCUCUCAGUGGAAAUCUAUGACCGCCGGGAAUACAGACGUUUCGAAAAGGAACAGCAGCAGCUCAAAUGGAAGCAGAACAAAAAUCCUCUCUACAAAAGCGCCAUCACGACCACUGUCAACCCUCGCUUUCAGCAGGCAGACAGUCCCACUCUCUGAAGUGCGGAGGGACACACCGCAGGGCUCUUCUCUGGGAUGGAGACAUUGGGCGUGCGGGGUCUACCAGGCAGCAGCUUGGUAGGGGGCGAAUCCACUGCUGAGUGACUACCACGUACUUCAUUCUCAAGCGUGACACCCAGGAGGGCUGCCUCCCGCGGCAGCCUCGCUUCCCUACCUCAGAGCGGGGGCUACCCCACCCGGGUGUACAAUAAAGUGCCUUACCUCAGAGCA